AUGGCCUUCUCCUUCUGCCGGAGAGGACGACAGGCAAAAGGGAGGACGACGGAGCGGGACGGCAGAGUUGCAGGCGAGUCUCCGACACCGGUGGCCAACGUCGACUCGGUGCUAAUCGAAAACACUCGUCUGUACGCUACAGACGUAACGAUACUCGGUUUCCAUUAA